AGAGAGGCUAAUUUAAAAAACUGAGGCGGGUCACGUGAAAGGAUUGCGUAUCCUACAUAUCUUGUUGGCAAGCAGCCUGAGUCUCUUCCACCUAGUUUUUAAGGGGCGGGGAGUACUUGGGUGUUGCCGUCGACCUCGACAAAGAGUCCAGUGGGGGGAAAAAAUCGGAUUAUUUUCAUUCAACAACCGCCUGGCCUUGUGUCUCUUGCCCGUCGCAUCAUCACCGAAAGGGAUCUGAAUACUUCAACUAUGGGAGUCGAAGGCUGCACUAAAUGUAUCAAAUACAUGCUUUUCUUCUUCAACUUCAUCUUCUGGCUCACAGGAGGUGUGGUCCUGGGCGUGGCUCUAUGGCUUCGACAUGAUGGUCACACCAGCAGCCUGCUAGAGUUGAAGUUUGACGGCCAUCAAGCACCAACCACCUUCUUAAACAGUGUUCACAUCCUGAUCGCUGUUGGCGCAGUGAUGAUGGUUGUCGGGUUCCUCGGCUGCUAUGGUGCCAUUCAGGAGUCUCAGUGUCUUCUUGGAACAUUCUUUGCCUGCUUGGUGAUCCUGUUCGCUUGUGAGGUGGCAGCUGGAAUCUUUGGAUUCAUGCACAAAGAUUCGAUUUCCAAAGAGCUGAUUACCUUCUAUGACAAUGUUUAUGAGAACUCUGUAGUAAACACUAUAACAGACCAGGACAAGGACAAGAAACAGGCUGCCGCUGCUGUGCUGAAGGUCUUCCAUGAGACGUUGGAAUGCUGUGGUAGGGGCAUCAGCAACGCGUUCACUACGUUAUUCGCCCAAGGUUUUACAGACAUGUGCCCCAAGUCAGUCUCCGCUACCACUACAGACUGCCAUGUAAAAAUCAGGGAGCUCUUUAACGAGAAGGUUUACCUGAUUGGCAUCGCUGCCCUGAUAGUUGCUAUUAUUAUGAUCUUUGAGAUGACCUUUAGUAUGGUCCUGUGCUGUGGGAUCCGCAACAGCCCGGUGUACUAAAGUCCAGGGGGAAGAAGCAAGGGCUAGUGACCUCUGGAGAUACUAGCCAAUGACUGAAGGAAAAUAUUUAUCUUCCUUUUUUUUUUAUAGCCUGUCACUUCCUCAAAUAGUUGCUUGCCAAGUUUGUCAGUUGUACAAGAUCAAAAAUGCAUCUUCUCACACAGUUUUUGAUAAUGCGGUACCAACUAUUCUUGUCAGUCACAGAUAGCUGUUCAAUAUUUUGACUAAUGUUAGUCUGUACAAAAUGUUGAGGUUUACAUUGGCAUGGCAUUUAAACACACACACACAUGAAUACAGAUCCUGGAAUUAUCUUGUUUUAAUUGUAAAGUAUUGCUACUUUGCUGGAGUCCAAAACAUUGUAUUCUGUUGGUUUAUCAAUCUUUUUUCAACUGUAUAUGUAUAAACUGUAUAUAUUUGCAGUGCUUUAUGACUGGCAAGCAUGGAUAUUGUAUUGAAUCCCUUCUCCCCACAUUUUUCUGCACUCACUGCUUGUCUGCCUGACUUUUCUCCAUAGACAACAACCACUAAGAAACAGUGAAUGGAUACUAUUGAUUUGUCUGUCCCAUCUAAAACCAAGAUAAUAGAGGUGAUAGUUUCCCCUGUGCUUUUAUAACACCUACCAAUCUAAGCCAUAAAGAGAGCCCAUGCCUCCAAGCCUUAUGAGUGGAAUGUCCCAUCCUCCCCAACAACACCUUGUUCUUGUAAAACUACAUUGAAUGUCCUGUCCUUAACCUAUUGCUGUGUACUAUGCAUAUCUACAGAAGCUUCACUUCCUAGGCUGGCGCAGCGGACAAACGCACUGCAGUGCUGAGGCGACACUACAGCAUGGGGUUCGAACCCAGACACAACCGGCCGUGACCGGGAGCCCCAUAGGAUGGCGCACAAUUGGCCCAGUGCCGUCUGGGGUAGGGGAAGGUUUGGCUGGUGGGGCUUUCCUUGGCUCAUCUUGCUAUAGCGACUCCUUGUGACAGGUCUGGAUGCCUGCAAGCUGACUCCAAUCAUCAGUUGAACAGUAUUUCCUCUGACACAUUGGUGCAGCUGACAUCUGGGUUAAGAGAGCAGUGUAAUAAGAAGUAGGCAGCCAGGCUGGUCAUGUUUCGGAGGACGCAUGACUCAACCUUCACCUCUCCUGAGCGAGCCCGUUGCAGAGAUGAGCCAAGGGACCUAAUACGGGGUAAGAAAUACGCUGGGCCUGGUUAGUACUUGGUCGGGAGACCGCAUGGGAAUACCAGCUGCCAUAAACGCAAAAAAAAAAAUUAAAGAAAAAAAAAUUGUCACCUUCAGCCGUUCAAACAAAUCUAGUUUAUUUUCGAAGAAUCCUUUUUAUGCCUGCUUGUUAUACUCUAACAGUCAAACAUCUUAUUAUGCUGGGACUUGCCGGACAAUGUUGUAUCUGUGCUGUAUGAUGAUACUGUAUAAUACCACUGACCAUGCAGUUGUGAGAGGUUGUGUUUGUGUCAGGAAGUCAAAUACUGGCCAUGUUAACAAGUCAAGUCCACGACCAACCCACCACUAGGGGGCAGACCUGUUGUGAUGCUUCAUGGUAUUCCAUUGCUAUGGUUCCAAAUCCAGGGGAGCUCUUGUCAUACAUUCUUGCUCCACUGUGACUUUGGUUGCCUGCUCAACUGCAAAGCACUUCUUACCGGUUCCAUUUCGAUCUUCAGCUUCCCUUCAGAGUUCACAGAUUUGAAUCUGAUCCAUUAGAUGGCUAGGUGGAGCUAUCAUCCUAUUAUCUACACCCUUCCAGUCCUUUCAGAUCUGUUAACACUGAAGGGGUAGGGGCUAGGGACUGAAAAGGAACCAGGCCCUUAACAUUCACCUAUAUACACACAUAAGCACUUAAACACUCACACAUACUCACUCCAUCAUUUGUGUAGUCCUACAUAAUAGACUGUAUGGCUUUCUAAGCCAACCAAAACCUAGUCUUGUUAACACAUAAUGCCUAUGCUGAUAUAUGGUUAAGUGUCUUGUAUCAUGUACAGCUAUAUAUUAUUGUACUAAUGACCAUGUAAAGACAAUGUAGCUAUGCCUUUCAUUGUGAUAUUUUGUCUGGUACGUUGUCAAAAGAAAAAUGGGUGUCGGCUUCAGUGGCAGUGUGCAGGACUGAGAAAUCAGUUGAGUUACUAAAGGUUGGGAAGAUUAGCAACAUGGCUGUAUAUGCUGUACAACACAAAGGUGAAAGAACAAUGCCAGCAAAAGAGUGUCUCUCUUUAGUAUCUAUGUCACUGCCCUACUGUAAAAACACUAUACACAAUGUAGUGACUGAGACUCAAUAGCCCACUGCUGCUCAAAUCUGUGCCCUUUCUCUCCUGUUUUAGAUUUUAAUUUGGUUAUGUUGCCCAAGUAUUAAGGGAUUAAAUGUAUUUUACAAAUAA